AUGCCGCUAAAACAUCCCAACAAGAAGAAAUUGGACAAGGCGAGCGUGCGACCACCGAAGAAGAAAGAGUCAGCAGCAAAGCGUUCCGAGGAGGACGCAGAGCCGGAGCGACGAACUGCCAGAACAUGUCCAGCACACAUUCUGCGGUUCCAAGUGUUGCUGGGGGCCUCGACGGCCAUGGUCAUCUUUGCAGUGUACCGGCUGUGGACGGGAGCAUUGGCUGCGGACUCGCAGGGGCCGCGAGUUCCUGCAUUCGAGAUCAGGACGGUUCUGUGGUUCCUGCAUUUUUGA